AAUCUCUGACCUACUUUCCCUGGUUUACCUUAGCUUUUAAGCACUCUUUUCUCUUCCUUCUCCUCCUUUCUUUCCUUCCCCUUCUCUCUCCAUCUCUGCAACUCCAUCAAUCCAUUCCAGAGAGCACAACCACAGUGGCAUGCUUGAAUGUCCAGAGAAAGGGAGAGACUUGAUGAGAUAGGAAAGAAGAUAAAGAGAGAGAUCGAUGCAUCUUGGCAAAUGGGAAGGAGACAUAUAGUGGGAGGAGGAGGUGGAAUGGGACAGGGCGGUUCGAGCUUGAAUACUGUAACACCAUGUGCAGCAUGUAAGCUAUUGAGAAGAAGGUGUGCCGAAGAAUGCCCUUUCUCUCCCUAUUUCUCUCCUCAUGAACCUCAGAAAUUUGCUGCUGUUCACAAAGUCUUCGGUGCAAGCAACGUCUCCAAGUUGCUCAUGGAAGUACCAGAGAGCCAAAGAGCUGAUGCAGCGAAUAGUUUAGUUUAUGAGGCAAACGUGAGGCUCGCAGACCCGGUUUAUGGAUGUAUGGGUGCGAUUUCUGCUUUGCAACAACAAGUUCAAUCCAUACAAGCCGAACUCAAUGCAGUUAGGGCAGAGAUAUUGAAAUACAAGUAUAGAGAGGCUGCUAAUAAUAUCAUGGCUUCUACUACUCAUUCUGCCUCUUUAUUAGUCUCUUCUGGGGCAGUGUCGGUGGCUGAAAUGCCACCAGCUCAAACACAUCCUCCUCCUCCACCACCACCGCCUCCACCGCCGCCUUCCGUUGUGGUUUCUCCUUCUUCUACUUCGUUGUAUACAUCGCCUGCUACGACAACCGCCGGUUAUAAUUCUAUUCUGAGUGGUAGUGUUCCAUAUUUUGACUAAUACUGUAUCAUGAGUUGUAGUUCAUUUUCUUGUCAAAAAUCAUGUUUGAUAUAGUUGAAAGAUCAUAGUUUGUUUUUUCAAA